AUGCAGAAUUCCAUCCCUUCCACCCCAUCAUCUGUGGCCCUCUCGGCCAGGAUGCCCUACGAAAAGAGAGCGAACAAGGGCAUUUCUGACGCGCAUAAGAAAGCUCUACGUAUCUUUGCAUCUGAAACGCGCCCUAAACCCUCUCAGAGAGUAUGUGCUGAGUGGUUUCUAUCUAAAUUCGGCCGCCCUAUUGAUCGGACUACCGUCUCAAGGGUCCUUUCAUCUCAAUACGACUAUCUUGAUACUGGUGAAGCAGGGAUUAAAACCCGGAAAUCGACGGCGCAGUGGCCUAUAUUGGACCAGGCCCUCUUUGAAUGGCAGCGACGACAUAUAAAUGCUGGGUUUCCGAUAUCAGGGCCACUCAUUCGGAUGAAAGCUGUCGAAUAUUGGAAGAAAAUACCCGUAUAUGCUGAGCUUCCAGGGCCCCUUUUCUCUGAUGGUUGGCUUACCCGGUUUAAAAAACGCCAUUCGAUCCGAUAUCAUACCUUUCAUGGCGAAGCUGCAUCGGUCCCAGCCUCAAUACAUGACGAGAUGAAACCUAUCAAGGCAAUCUGCGACCAAUAUCAGCCCGAUGAUAUCUAUAAUAUGGACGAAACGGGGCUUUUCUGGCGUCGUAUGCCAAACGGUGGUCUAUCGACGGAUGGUCAUGCUGGUCAGAAAAGAGAUAAAACCAGGAUCACUAUUGCUGUGGCAACUAAUGCUACUGGUUCAGACCGGAUGCCUCUCUGGUUAAUUGGGACUGCAAAGACACCUCGCGCCCUACGGGGUGUAAAUUUGCGGUCGAUCGGAUGCAUCUGGCGCUGGAAUAACAAGGCAUGGAUGCGCCAUGGAAUUAUGGGAGAAUGGCUACGCUCGUUUUAUAGGCAUAUUGGCAAGCAAAGACGAGUCCUGCUAUUGCUGGAUAAUUUUUCUGCACACCUCCUCGCUAUUAAUAAAGCGCCGCCGCCGUCCAACAUCAAGGUAGUCUUUUUCCCUGCAAACGCGACCUCGGUUUACCAGCCAUUAGAUCAAGGGAUUAUCCAGAACCUGAAGCACCAUUAUCGGAAGAAGUGGAUGCUUUGGAAGAUUGGGCCUCUGUAUAAACAGGUGACCACCAAGCUCACUUACGAGGGUCAGGAAGCUAUGCCUUUAGAUGAAUUCCUGGACCCGUCAGAUGAGAACAUCGACGUCAGCGACCCUGAUUUGUCCGAUAUAAUCGCUGAUUUAUCUGAAGACGGUCUUACUAGUGCUAGUGAUGACCAGGAUGAAGAUUAUAUAUUUGGGCCACCACCUGAGCUUUUAUCUGAUGCAAAGGCUAUUAGUCAUAUGCAUGAGGUCAUGGAAUGGGUUCAGCAUAAAGAGGGUGCUAUGGAAGAGAAUAUCCGAUAUAUGGAGAGCUUAAUUGGCGAUUUUACUAGGUUACAGGUGGAUGGGAGGAAACAGAAAACAUUGGAUGAGAUGGGCUUCCUCCUAAAGAGGAAAUAA